CCUGAAGGAGCCUUUCAAUAUCUUUUCUUGUGAGGGCUCUGUCUCUCUCUCUCUCUCUCUCGCUCUCUCUCUCUGUAAGACUGUAAGUUUCCUUUUGAUCCUCAUAACCUCAUAGUGUCGACAUGGGUUCCCAAGACGAUGUUUUGGUUCAAAAAGUCUUCGAGCUGUAUGAGCAAAUCGCCAGCCUUGAGAGUCUCAAUCCCUGCAAAGAUGUCAACACUUUGUUCACACAAUUAGUUGUCACAUGCAUGCCACCAAACCCUAUUGAUGUUACCAGACUUUGCAAAAGGGUUCAAGAAAUGAGGUCUAAACUCAUUAGACUGUGUGGAGAAGCUGAGGGGCUUUUGGAGAAUCAUUUCUCAACAAUCUUAGGAUCCUUUGAAAACCCUCUUCAACAUCUCCAUAUUUUUCCUUAUUAUUCAAACUAUGUCAAACUUAGCCACCUUGAAUUCUCCAUUCUCUCCCAACACUACUCCCAUGUCCCAAACAAAGUUGCCUUUGUUGGCUCUGGUCCACUCCCCUUGACUUCUAUCAUUUUAGCCUCUAACCAUCUUACAAAAACCUCUUUUCACAACUUUGAUAUUGACCCUUUGGCCAAUUCCAAAGCUCUCGCCUUAGUUUCAUCCCAUCCUGACAUUUCAAACCGAAUGUUCUUUCACACAACUGAUAUUAAAAACGCUUCCACUGCGCUAAAAGAGUUUGAAGUUGUGUUCUUGGCGGCCCUAGUGGGCAUGGACAAGGAGGAAAAACUUCAAGUCAUUGAUCAUUUGAGAAAGUUCAUGGCUCCCGGGGCUAUUUUGAUGCUGAGGAGUGCUCAUGGAGCUCGAGCUUUUCUCUAUCCCGUUGUUGAUCCUUGUGAUCUUCGAGGAUUCGAGGUUCUGUCCGUGUUUCAUCCCACUGAUGAGAUUAUAAAUUCAGUGGUGAUUGCGCGUAAAUAUGCAACAAUGCCUAAAAACUCAUUGCAGCCUGAGCAGCAACAAGGCCUUGGCAGCCCCAUAAUACUGCCUAACAAAUGUUGUGAGAUCGAAGCUUUCAAUCCCCUCAACCAUGGAAACAUGAUUGAUGAACUGGCCAUUGAGGAGCAACUGUCUUGAAUUUCUCAUGCUACCAUAACCAUUAUGUGUUUUGCAUCUUAAUUGUGUUCCAAUAAAGAUUAAUGCUGGUAGCUAUAUUUCAAUAAUCAAAUUGCUUGAAGUUGAUCAUCUUUAAUUCUUCAUGGACAUGUAUCAUGUAUGAUAAGGUAUACAUAUUUGUAUGAACUUGCGUCAAAGUAUUAAUCUAAUGCAUUAUUGUUUCAA